AUGUGGACGAACGCAACGGAUCCAUGUUGUGUAAACUUGAAUCCUGAAGACUGCGGCUGGAAGUUAAUUGAAAAUACUUUACAACCAACAUGGUUCAUUGGUGACCCCACCCCAAUGACAGUUGAAGAUAUUUUAUCAGAACCAAAUCAUAACUUCGAAGACUUCGAGAGUAAUUCUUCUGACGAAAACUUCCUUUUAGAUAAAAUAGAUUCAAUCUCAGAAGACGAAGAAGAAGAUGGUUAUGAUAAUAAUAAUGAUGAAAAAGAAGAAAAUGAAAAAGAAGACGAAGAAGAGGACGAAGAGCAAGAAAAUUGA